AUGCCCCCAUCGUCUGCUCCGCCCGAUCCGGCCGACAAGAUGGUCGCCGCUGAAGUGGGCUUCUUUGCCAAAGCCCUGGCCGGCUUUGCCAAGUCUGGCGCGAAGUUUGAGGUUGUUUGCUCCGUCUCGAGACGACAUGUCGUAUCAUCACCAACCUCCUCCUCCUCGUCGUUACCAUCGCCGCUUGUGCUGCCCGCGCGCCAGCGCUCCCAGAUCCAUAACCUCGUCAUCCUCGACUCGUCUUUCAACCCGCCCACGCGCGCCCACAUGAAGCUGGCCACCUCGGCCCUGCUCGACUGCCUCUGUGCGCCACAACAACAGCUGCUCUCGACGCGCCUUCUCCUCCUGCUGUCCGUCAACAAUGCCGACAAGGCGCCCAAGCCAGCCUCGUUUGCAGAGCGCCUUGUCCUGAUGCUCGCCCUCGCCCGCGACACGCACGCCGAACUGGCCCAGCACAACAACGACCGCCUCGACAUCCCCAUCGACAUCGGCCUCACCUCCGAACCCUACUUUCACAACAAGAGCAACGCCAUUGCCGUCUCGCCCUUUUACGUCCGGCCCUCGUUUCGCUCGGCGCCCGUCGACCGCCCAACGCCCGACCAGCUGUUUCUGCUCGGCUACGACACCCUCAUCCGCCUCUUUGAUCCCAAAUACUAUCCCCCAGCAGACGCAGACGGCGCACCGGCAAUAUCAGAGGGCCUACCCGCCGACGCCACGCCCAUGCAGAUUGCCUUGACGCCGCUCCUGCGCCGCGCCCGCUUGCGCGUCACAACCCGCCCGGACGAUCAAUGGGGCGACGAGGCCGCCCAGCAGGCCUGGGUCGCCGGCACGGUGGACGCCCUGGGCGGGCCGACGGAGCAGUGGGCUAGUCGGAUCCAGCUGGACACGGGGGCUGACCCGCGCACGCAGGCCGUCAGCAGCACCGUGGUACGGGCGGCGUCACAGACCGGCGACGCGGAAACACUGCGUGCGCUGGUCGGGCCCGCUGUCCUGGAGAGACUGGCGAUAUUAAAGCCGUAUUCCGAGGCGCCGUAG